UUGCAUAGGAUGACCGAGUAGUUUAACUGACCCUUAUUGCUGCAUAUAUUAGCAGGUUGGGUUUUCUCAUCUUUAAUAUUCACCUAGCCUGACCAAUUGCUCACGUUCAAUAUAAUUUGGGCUUUGUAAAUCAAUUAAACUAUACUAUACUUCCGAAUCCGUUUUUUCAUAAACUUUGAUUUCAUUAAAGCAAUUCAAACUUUGUUCCAAACUGAUUUUUAGUCGUAGAAUUUGGUGUUAGGUUUUUCUAGGUAAACUGUCAAACUGUCAGAUUUUAAAUGGCAACUGUAACAAAACCGGAUACGAAAAGAACGUAUCCUAGUUGGUUUGAAAAUCUCCACACUGAAAGAAAGGCGGCUGAAGGUAAUCGGGAUAUAUCAUAUGAUCAUCGUCAAUUGGUUAGAGCUACACGCAUCGAAACAGAUAUAAAUACAAAAUAUGAUCAACUCCAAAGAAAUAAUCAAUUAUCUGAUCGUAUAUGGAUUGUACGUCAAUGGCGUGACAAAUUAAUUACUCAAUUAAAUAAACUCAAGCAAAAAGACACUCAUUUAAAAGCUGGUAAACAUAAAACACAAGAAUUUAUGAUUAAAUUAAAUGAUUCAUUUGAUGUCAACAUUGAAUCUCUAACACAUUUGGAUCGUAGACAAAAUGAUGAGAAUAUUAUUGAUCCUGUUUUUAAGGAAUUAAACAUGGAACGUGAUCUAUUGAAAGAAAUACAAACAGAUCUUCAACGACAAAUCGACGAAGCAAUUCAUUUAUUAGUUGAAAUGAAUAAUGUAGCAAAACCAUUUUAUUCAGAUAUUUUUAAUAAAAAUGAAGCUGUACAUAUCGAUAUUGAUGUUUAUAAUUUGAAUGAAAAGUCAUCUUGUAUUAGUCAAAAACCGUUCUGUGAACGUUUACCAGAAAGGUGA